ACCUGAGAUAUGAGGUCACCUAUCGCCUACCUACCUAUCGCUUGCCUUAUCGCUUGCGCUAGCUAUGACCUGGCAGAACCUAAGCAAGCUUGUCAGUGCAACUAACCCCGCCAUUAUCCCAGUCUUUACGUAGUUGAUGCAUUUCACAAGCUCCCAGCUCAUCCCUCCCCUUUUCGAUCAGAGGUUCCUAUUUACUCUCCCACUUUUCCCACCAAGAUUCCGCCUUCAGUCUACAAUACUCCUAGAUCUCCUCAAUUGCGUACACGCUGUGAAGACCAUAAACCAUGAGCGUCAAGACAGUUGAAUUCAAGUCCUUUACGGACCAAAAGCCCGGAACUUCUGGUCUUCGCAAGAAGGUCAAGGUUUUUCAGCAGCCUCACUACAGCGAAUCCUUCGUUACCAGCAUUCUAUUGUCCAUCCCAGAGGGUGUUGAAGGAUCGUUCUUGGUCAUUGGUGGUGAUGGCCGAUUCUGGAACCCCGAGGUAAUCCAACUAAUUGCCAAGAUUGGCGCUGCCUACGGCGUGAAGAAGCUGUUGAUCGGACAAGAUGGCAUCUUAUCCACCCCGGCUGCCAGUCACGUCAUUCGAAAGCGCAAAGCAACCGGCGGAAUUCUGUUGACCGCUAGCCACAACCCCGGCGGACCUAACGAGGAUUUCGGUAUCAAGUACAAUCUGUCGAACGGUGGCCCCGCCCCUGAGAGUGUGACAAACAAGAUUUACGAAGCCUCCAAGACCCUCACAUCUUACAAGAUCUCGGAUCUCCCCGACAUCGACAUCUCCACCGUCGGAACUAAGACGUACGGAAAUCUCGAAGUCGAAAUCAUCGACAGCACCGCCGACUACAUGCAGAUGCUGAAAGACAUUUUCGAUUUCCCCUUAAUCAAGAAGUUCUUCAGCAACAACCCUGACUUCAAAGUUCUGUUCGACGGUCUCCAUGGUGUCACAGGCCCCUACGGAAAAGCCAUCUUCGAGGAGGAACUUGGUCUGAAGAACUCUACCCAAAACUGUGUUCCUGCCCCUGACUUCAACGGCGGACACCCGGACCCUAACCUAACAUAUGCCCACUCGCUUGUCUCAGUUGUUGACAAGAACUCGAUUCCUUUCGGUGCCGCUUCUGAUGGCGAUGGCGACCGAAACAUGAUCUAUGGCGCGGGUGCCUUUGUGUCUCCUGGCGACAGCUUGGCCAUCAUUGCCCACCACGCCAAGCUCAUUCCCUACUUCAAGAACCAGGGUGUAUAUGGUCUGGCUCGAAGUAUGCCAACAUCUGGUGCUGUUGAUCUGGUUGCUAAGGCUCAGGGCCUGGAUUGCUACGAAGUCCCCACGGGAUGGAAAUUCUUCUGUGCCCUGUUCGAUGCCAACAAGCUCAGCAUCUGUGGUGAGGAGAGCUUCGGCACUGGCAGCAACCAUGUACGCGAGAAGGACGGUCUCUGGGCUGUUGUCGCCUGGCUUAACAUUAUUGCUGGCAUUGGCGAGGCGAACCCUGGAGUCACUCCAAGCAUUAAAGAGAUCCAGAAGGAGUUCUGGAGCACGUACGGUCGGGUUUUCUUCACUCGCUACGACUAUGAAAACGUUGACUCGGACGGAGCCAACAAGGUCGUCGGCACACUGAAAGAUCUGGUUGCCAAACCGGACUUCAUUGGCAGCAAGAUUGGAGAACGCACCGUCACCGACGCUGGAAACUUCUCGUACACCGAUCUCGACGGUUCGGUUGCCUCUAACCAAGGUUUGUAUGCCCGCUUCUCAAGCGGUAGUCGUAUAGUCGUUCGAUUGUCCGGUACCGGCUCAUCCGGAGCUACUAUUCGACUGUACAUCGAACAAUACAGUAAAGACCCUUCGACCUACGAACAAGAUGCACAGGACUUCUUGAAAGAUGAGAUUCAGUUCGCAACCGAUUUGCUGAAGUUUAAGGAGUACGUUGGACGUGAUGAGCCCGACGUCAAGACAUAGAAGGGCAUGCCAAAUGCAGGUUCUCUAUUUCACAAUUCAUAGGCGCUCUAGCCGCCUCACAAAAUGAUGAUGAGCGUUUUCCUUCCUAACCAAAACCUAAGACUGUUAUAAUCAGAAUAGUAAUAGACAAGCAUUACUUCUAAAUCGAUUUUUUAUGCUGCGCCCUUCUGUCUAGGUCCCUAUCGUCGGUCAAUUGGCGAAGAAGCUCAACAACCCAAUCAAAGACUUUUGCAGGCGAAGUUUGUAGUAUGUACUAC